AUGAAUCCACUGGAUCAGAACACACACAUAUAUAUAUUUUGCGGAGACUUACAGUAUCCCUUUUCUGUCCUUGCAGCAGCAUCGGCAUCAGAACCCUUUGGAGAUGAUCUCGAAGAGCAGCAACAGCAUGUACGGAAGCACUACAAAGAACAGCGCAGUUUUCACCGGCGUCGCCUUCGUCACCACCUCACCCGGCGGCAUCUGAACGACCGCCACCAACUGAGGUUCUCCCAGCUGGAAUACCGACAGACGGUGCCAGAGAACAUCCCCUUGCAUACGUCUAUCCUAACGGUAUCCGCCUCAGACCCAUGGUUAGAGGACGGGGGAACCAUAAGAUAUCAAAUAAGCGACACAGAGAACUUCGAAAUAGAUCAAAGUGGCGUUCUCUACAAUGUCAGAUCGCUGGAUUACGAGCAAACCGCAGGCUUAUAUCAGCUCCAGGUAUCCGCCGAGAUUCCGGGCUCAGACGGAAGGGGGCGCAGGAAAGCAGUCGUGCCCGUCUACAUCCGGGUCACCGACUCUUCCGAACCCCCGGCCUUCGACACAUCGCAUUACUAUUUCUCUAUCUCGGGAUCAGCGCAGCCUGGAACCUCCGUCGGCAAAGUGCUGGCCGGGGACGACGACCGAGACCUCGAUACUUACGCUCUGGAUGGUGUAGACCCUCCUGAUCUGUUCAUGAUCGAGGGCGAGACUGGCGUCAUCCGGCUGGGGGGCAUCCCUCCCCCCUCCCAGUGGGUACACAACUUCCAGGCCGCCGCCAUCGACUACAGGGGUCACGUGACCUUUGUCCCUGUCACAAUAUACGUCAUAGCCAUCCCGUCUUACGCGAGGCUCGUCGGUGACCCUGAAGAAGAAAACCGAUACAAGCCGAGUUUUCCUCAAUGCAACGACUACCACGACAUCCACGUGAAGGAAAACAUGACGGCGAACACACCUGUGCUUAUGGUGAUAGCGACCGACAAAGACAGAGGGCGUGCGGGCGAGCUCACCUACUCCCUUAUCAACGACUUCAACACCUUCGCCAUCCACUCAUCCAACCAGCAGGGCCAGAUCGUCGCCACAAGGCGCCUGGACCGUGAGCAAGGGGACAAGGACUUCCUCCUGACGGUGAUCGCGAGGGACGGCGGCGUGGUGACCCUCCAGGACUCCUGCUCCUUCAGGGUCUUGGUCGAGGACGUGAACGACAACGCGCCCAUCUUCGACCAGCCGAGAUACGACCAGACCAUCGCGACGGACCACCGACCGGGGACCUCCGUGAUGCGCGUCGUGGCCCGAGACCGAGAUAUGGGAGAUAACGCCCGUAUCAGCUACACACUCCAAGGGCAUCCCAUGGACCUCUCCUACUUCUCGCUAAACAGCACCACCGGCGUUAUCACCCUCGAGAAGAAGAUCGGGGAUAGUAUGGCCAACAGCAAAACGUUCGAGAUAGCGGCGCGAGCGGAGGACCGAGGCAGACCGGUGAUGUGGUCGACGGUGCCAAUCCGAAUGCCGGUCGUGUCUUCGGGUGAACUCGCUCCUUCCAUCGUCCUUCUGGAGCCCGUUCACCCGACUGUGCCCGAGAACACGCCGGAGAACACGCCCGUGGUCUCUAUCUGCGCCAGGUCGAACAUGGUUGGGAAUGACAACGUUUACUUCACUCUCCUGAACGGCGAUACAAGGGACACCAACUCCGAUGGAACGUUCACUGUCAGUAUGCUGCCGGACUCCAGGGCGCUGUGCAGAGAGGGAUCAGGGGCUACCAUCUUCGUAGCUUCCAGGACUAUUGACUACGAGAGCGUGAAGUCGUAUAACCUCCUGCUACAGGUUGUGAACGACCAGAACGCCCGCGUCGACCGGAAGAUCAAGGUGGAGGUGAAGGACGAGAACGACAACGCGCCCCUCCUGCAGCCCUUCGACGGCGCCGUCCUCGAGAACUCAGGCGCCGCCCUUAUCACCACCAUUCAGGCCGUCGACAAGGAUGCCUCGCCGCAGUAUCGACAGCUGACUUACACGUUCGAGAAGAGGGUCACCGACGACGUCAGGUCAAAGUUCAACUUGAAGCCCAACGGGGAACUGUGGACUACCCAGCCGCUGGACAGAGAGGAAACCAGGCAGUACAGGGUCCCUAUCCAAGUCACGGAUGGGAAGCCGGAGCACGUGAGGAAGAUCAUCUACUGGAUCACCGUACAAGACCUGAACGACGUGGCGCCGCAGUUCGACAAGGUCACCGGCGUUUACGAGGUGCAGCUGCCGGAGAACAGGGAGGUCGGCAAACCCACGGGGAUUAAGCUCAAGUAUGAGGACCCUGAUAUUGUGAACGACUUCACGUACCAGAUCGUGCAGGGGAACGAGGAGGGCAAGUUCCGGAUCGACGCGGCGGCGGGCGAGGUGCUGGUGAACAAGCCGCUCGACUUCGACCACCCCGUCAUGGACCGCAAUUUCACCAUGCGGGUACGGCUGAGCGACGGCGCCAACACGCCAGCUGAGACGGACAUCACCAUCGCCGUGACCAACGUGAACGAUCUGCAGCCGGUGUUCGAGAGGGCCAACUACACCUUCGUCGUCACGGAGAACACGGAAUGCAACACCACCUUCGGGAGGGUCUCAGCUAUGGACCCUGACCUGUCUCCCUCGUCCAAUCAGAACAUCUUAUACUACCUCUCUCCAGACGAGCUCAGGAACUUCACCAUCGGCUCGACCUCAGGCAACCUUUCGAUCAAUGGCUGCCUGGACCGGGAAGCAGCCCAGCGAAGUACCAUGAUUCUGUACCCUCGAGCCAACGACGAGGGCGGACGAGGUCACGACGCUGACCCCGCGACCGUGCUGGUCACUAUUAUUGACCUCAACGACAACCAUCCUCAUUUUGAAAAGCCGGAGGGCAGCUACGCCGUGAUCCGGGAGAACCUGGAUCCGAGCGAGGUGGAUCGUGUUAUAAUACAGCUGGACGAUCUCGACAAUCCCGAGAACGGGUGUCCUUGCACGAUGGAGCUGCAGGCGUCCCGUGUCCCCGCGUCUGUGAGGGAGAAAUUCACGCUCACACCCUUAGGCAGAUCUCGCUACGAGUUCCGAGCGCGAGUGAAGCUUGACCGCGAAGAACAAAAGAUUUACGAGCUUCCUAUGACGACACGUGACUCGCUCGGUGUUUCGGGGACUCGUUAUCUCACCAUCGAAGUGGGAGACAUGAAUGACUCGCCCAUGACCGACGGCUGGAGCUCCAUCAAAGUGUAUAAUUACCAGGGUCAAUUCUCCUCCAUGGUGAUCGGCUCCGUUCACGUGACCGACCUUGACGACCACGACCUCGGCGACAAGACCUUCGAACUCGACCCGACGACGGCUUCGGACGUGGCGACGCACUUCCAGGUGGAUCACAACAGCGGCAAGAUCAUCAUGCUUAAAGGAACACCAGCGGGACGUCACGUUUUGAGAGUGAAGGUGCACGACCGAGCGCGGCGCGAGACUGCGAUCGGCGAGGUGGCAGUGAUCGUGGUGGAUCUCACCCUCGACGCCGUCAUGCAGUCAGGCUCCCUAAGGAUAUCUGGUGUCACUUCCAGCCACAUGCUUCAGAAAGUCCAGAAAGGCAGGAGUUUGUACGAGCAUCUGAAGCGCGAGAUUGCUAAGCUUCAUGACAUCAGCGACGAGCAGGUGGACGUGUUCAGCCUGAAGGACGUGGAAGGCGGGGUCGACAUCCGUUACAAUUGUCACAGCUCUCCCUACUACACGGCCGCUAGGCUCGACGGACUCCUGCUGCAGCACCGCCGUCAAGUUGAAGAGGCUCUCGGUGUAGAGAUCCAAAUGGUUGACAUCAACCUCUGUCUGUACGAGGAGACUUCGCCGUGCGGGAGUCUGAGCUGUCAGCACACGAUGCGCCCCAACCUCACGGCGCCCCUCGUCAUCGCCAGCGAGACCACGACGCUGGUGGGCGUCGACAUUGCUGACGACUACACGUGCGACUGCGGCGCGCUGGAGCCUCUCCCUUCCGUGUGCUUCGACGGCUUCUGCUACAACGGCGGGACCUGCUCGGUCGUCAACAACACCCUCACCUGCGACUGCCUGGACGACAGUAACUACGGGCCGCGGUGCGAGCUCAUGACGGCCAGGUUCGAGCGCGGAUUCGCGUGGUUCGAGCCCCCGCCCGUGUGCGAAACCCCUUCGCUGUCCAUGUCCUUCGAGACGAACGCGGGGGAGGGCGUGCUCCUCUAUGCGGGGCCGAUUGUCACCUCGCCGUGGGAGGAGUAUCCUCGGGAUUUCGUGUAUGUGUUCCUGAACAACUGGGUGUUGGAGGCGUAUCUCGAACUCGGCUCCGGCACUGUCAACGUCUCGGUUCGAAUCGAGCGAAACACAGCUCGUUCGUUCCAGUUCCUUCUUUCUUGGGACAAGCAAGAAGUGACGUUCGAAGUGCCUGAUUGCGGCAUCAACGGGACGGAGGAGGCCCCGGACCCCUGCAGUGCCAGUGUCCGCCUGCCAGGAAUGCCCCGAAAGCAGAGCCACCUGCUCAACAUCCAGGGCCCUCUGCAGAUCGGGGGCCUGGCAUCCAUGAUCAGCUUCAGAAGGCUCUCCGCCUCGUAUGGAUGGACUCUGACGCCGCCGUCCGUCUACCCGUUCUCCGGCUGCGUCCUCGAACUGCGCCACAAUGACUUCCUCUUUGACCUCAACUCCACCGACUACAGCAAGAAGACCUUCCAACCUUGCGACGCCCCACGGACCUCGAGAGUGGUUCUCGGCCAGCACUCUGUCAUCAUCAUCCUCGCCAGCCUGCUCUGCCUGCUAUUACUAGUGUUGGUGAUCCUGUGCCUGGCGCGUCGAGGGAGGAAAACCGUGUCCUACCCUGACCUGGAUCGCGAGCUGGUCAAGGAGACGAUGGGCGGGGCCGACACGGAAGGGUUCGGCGAGAAGGAUGUCACGACCUUUGACCUCAAGUUCCUGCAGGUCACCCCAGACGGAUACCUCGUCAGUGACGAGGACGGCCGCCUCCCGGACGUGGCUCUCGACGCGACGCAGAAGCAGAUCCCGGUGUCCAAGACCUCGAUGACGGCCCCCCUCGCCCCGCUCGCCAAGAUGCCCGAGGGCCUGAGCAUCGGAGACUUCAUUAAAGACAACAAAAAGAAGGUGGAUAUGGAGGAUCAGGACGUGGACGAUGUGAGGCAUUAUGAGGCACAAGGGGAUGAAAUGUCAGCCGCCUCACUCUCCUCACUCAACUCUGGCACUUCGGGCAGGAGCGACGGGGCCUUCGACUACCGCACGGACUGGGGGCAUCGCUUCGAGAAACUCGCCCAGAUCUACGGCCGCGAGUCCGAGCAGGAGGACGACAGCGAGUACGAGUUCCCGGACAUUCCCGACAUGCCGAAGAACCACUCGCUACGGGCUUCCUUGCCUCCGGUCGCGCCGAGCAAGUCCCCAUCGCCUUCAGGAAACACUGACCCCAACUCAAGUUCCUCCUCGAGCACCAAGGACGAGAGCGGCAGCGACACUUCGGUUGCCACGGCCAAGUUCGCUAACGGGACGACGAAAUCAGCCAACGUAGCGACCAAGCCAGCCAACGGCUCCCCGAAGCUGGCCAACGCGACGCCCAAACUCGCCAGCUCGUCCCCGAAGCUCGUCAACGGCGCCCCCAAGAUCGGCGAGGUGUCUCCGAGGCCUCUUGACGUGGCGGAGGGGCGGGCGGACAAGGUCACGGAGCGGCCCUUGGUGCGGACGAACAAGGAGCCCGUCACGAGAAAGAUCGAGUACCACGAGCCGGCCGAGGUGGUCAACGGCGUGAAGAGCAAAGAAACCUGGUGCUAAUCACAAGGUGCCCUAGUGUGUACAGAAUGAAAUGUGGUGACUUUUUAUCUAUUAUCUAUUUUUUCGUAGUUUAUCGAGUGACGUGGCAAGAGGUCCAGUAUUCAAAAGGACAUCUGGUGGUUUUGAAGUGAACGUAGCUGUUCUGCCCCUGGUACUGCGAAACAUACAAGAAGGAUUACCUAGGCUAUUAAACCUAACCUUAAAGUGAAUGCUCCUCUCAAGACAGGGAAAAGAAAGCCCAUUUGGAAGCAUUUUCAUUUUUUGGACAAGUAAUAUAUAUAUAUAACCCUUGCGAAAAAUGAAAACGAAAAAAAGAGAAAAAGUAAACACAAAACACAGUUAAGUCAGAUCACUUAGACAUAGAACACAUGUUUCCCCCUUCCUUCUUAAGUGCUGUAAAUUACCAUAUUACCGUUCUUGCCUUCAGAACUUCUCCUUCAGUGGCUGCAUGGUAAGCUGGUGUCUGAUAUCGAUGUCAUGUAAUCGCACUAUGUGUAAACAAGUUCUCGACGUGCUUUAACCCAGUGACCGAUAAACUCUUUAUUUAUCUAUUUUUUUUUUUCAAAUCUUCGUUAUAGUGAAGUGCCGGUAAAUUUGUUGAUAGUGUACAGUGUCAGAAGGUGCUCACAGUUGACCACGGUUGUCAGUCAAAAGGCUCGACCAGUGAAAAGGUGAACAGUGAGAAACAGGAAUUACUGAAAUACAUUUAAGUUUAAGUCGACGCGAUCAAAUGUUCGAGGCGUGCGAGUUGCAUUGUAUCUGCCUGUUCUAUUUGUGUCAAUCAAACAUGACUCUCAGAUAUCAACAGAUUAAGCUUAAGUAUUAUUGAUAACAGCAUCACCCUCUUUCCAUUCCCUUCUUCUGCCACCCUUCUUCUCCCUCUUCAUCCUCCUCUUAUUCACCCCUUUAUUUUUCUUCCUUGUUAUCCUCUUUCUGAUCUUACUCGUCGUUUCUUCUUCCUCCUCCUCCUCCUC